CUUCCUCACUCCAAAAACAAAAACCACAUAAACCCUAAUUUUUACAGAUUCCAUUUCUCAGUAACCAGAAAUCAAACCCUAGAAAACGAAGUUUACAGGUUGAAAGAGGGUUCUUGAUAAGAGCCAGUAUUUACAGGCAACAUUUUGUAAUAUAAAGAUAUUCUUACUUAAGAAACCUCAGAUUUGCAAAAAUGUCGAUGUCAAAGAGCUCUAAGAUGCUCCAAUACAUAAACUACCGGAUGCGUGUGACCAUCCAAGAUGGUCGGCAGCUGGUAGGGAAAUUCAUGGCCUUUGAUCGCCACAUGAACCUUGUACUUGGUGAUUGCGAGGAGUUCCGCAAGCUCCCACCAGCAAAGGGCAAGAAAAACAAUGAAGAGCGUGAGGACCGCCGCACACUUGGCCUUGUUCUUCUUCGUGGUGAAGAGGUCAUCUCUAUGACUGUUGAGGGCCCUCCUCCUCCUGAAGAGUCUCGCGCCAAGGCUGUCUCUGCCGCAGCUGCUUCUGGUCCUGGUCUUGGUCGUGCUGCUGGCCGCGGAAUUCCCACUGCUCCUCUUAUUCAAGCCCAGCCUGGCCUUGCAGGUCCUGUUCGUGGUGUGGGUGGGCCUUCCCCUGGCAUGAUGCAGCCUCAAUUCAUGCGCCCCCCAGUCCCACAACAUUCUGCUCCACCCAUGACUUACCCUGCAGCAAGUGCUCCACCACCUGGUGGUGCACCUGUGGUCCGACCACCUGGCCAGAUGCCUCCUGGACCAUAUCCUGGUCAGGGUCCACCAAUGGGUCGGGGUCCACCACCACCAGGUCCACUACAAUUUUCUGCUAGGCCCCCCCAGGGUUUCCCAAUGCCACCACAGUUUGCCCAGAGACCUAUGGGAAUGCCACCCCAGGGACAGGCACCAAUGAUGAGAGGACCACCUGCUCCACCAAGACCUGGAAUGCCUGCACCACCUCCACCCCGUCCUGGGAUGCCACCUCCACCUGGUGGUCAUGUUCCUGUUUUUGGACCCCCUCGUCCGGGUAUGCCACCUCCUCCCAAUUCCCAACAGCAGCAGAAUCAGCAGCAAUAGAUUUAGGUAUGCCUUCUUUUGAUGUCUGGAUUAAUGAAGGUCUACUUUCUUUUCAAUCUCUUAGGCCUGGAGAUUUAUGUGAAGUUGGCAAGCUUGUGUUUAUUUAAUUAGAUUAAUGGAAUGGAUUUAUUUACAGGAAUAUUUCUUUUUCUAUUUCUUUCAUUUAGUAUUAUUGUCAGCAGCUGUUACUUUCAAUAUUCUGUUUAUUUAGUUUUGACAUCUGUUUAGACUUUACUAUUUGGGUAACUGGAUUUGAGUUUAUAGUUUCUUCGAGAACAGAAUUGUUGAGAACAUGAA